UUUGGCUCAGCGGCACAACAAGCUGUCGCUCAGAGGGUCAGAGGGGUUCCUGACGCCUCGGGUGCGUGUAGAGCUGGCCUCGGAUGGCAGCCCUGAUCCCAAAGUGUGUCAAUGGUAGCGUGUACCAGGCUGCUCGAGCUUUCUGUCGUCAAGAGAUUCUGGAGAAGGGUCUCUGUGAGAUCCCCAACUUCCUCACUUCCACCGCGGUCACGAAGAUCUUAUCCUCCGCGGAACGGGUGAAGGGCCUUGGCAAAGGCUUCCGGUCCUCUGAGGAGCACAACGUGUAUCUGGAGGACAACGCGGAGACGACGACGGCGGUGGACACCGUGCUGCGUACGGUGUCCUUUCCCAGCUCGAAGGUUCUCUUGAACCAGGCAGAGUUGCAAGAGGAUUGCCCCGAGUUAUUGGAGCUUUUCCGAUGGCCUGGCUUGCGGGGUCUUCUCCAAGAGGCCUUUGCUCUACCGAAGCUCUUUUGCAGCGCCGACCCGCUAGGGGGUGUCUACUUGAACUUUUUCGAGCGCGGCGACCGUUUGGGUUGGCACUUUGAUCGCUCCGCCUUCUCUGUGAACCUGAUUCUGCGCGAGUGCCCACGUGGACAGGGCACUUGGCCUCCAGGGGCUUUCAUGUACAUCCCUGAUUCCAAGGGCUUCUUCGAUGCGAAUCCCAACUUUGAUCUGGCCACACUUCAAUCUGGCUCGAAUCCCAGCUCCAGCGUCGGAUUGAAUCCCACGGUGGUCCCAGAUUUGAAGCCCGGGACCUUGUACCUGUUUGCUGGACAUCGCAGCUUGCAUUGUGUCUCCGAGAACACUACUGACACGGUCCGCGUGAAUGCGAUAUUUACUUACAAUUUAGAGCCCAACGUCAGCUUGAACCAGUACACGCGGCAAAAAUUCUUUGGCAGCUGAUUUGAUGGAUGUUCAUGGACCCCCCAGGGGCACAAGUGAGAUCAGUUGAAACCGCUGAUUGGCUGUUGCUGGUUGCUUCGGUUCAGAAGACCAUGCAUUCACAUUCAUUUGAACGACUACAUGCAGCUGUUCGAAUCAUCCUUGAUCCUUGAUGUUUUUUUCUCUACGUGGGUUGAUUGAGCCCUCAUGUGACCUGCGUGAGGCUCUUGGAG